UUAGGAUUGAAAAUAGGUACAUGAUGGACACCCAGAUGAAACCAUCAGUAUCACUGCUGAUUACCCUAUUUGGUAUGGGUAGCUGGAUUGCUAUUAAUGGAGUUAUGGCAGAGCUUCCUUUGCUGGUUGCAAAACUACCUGAAGGAUGGAAUCUACCUACAUAUCUCGUUCUUAUAAUUCAGGUAGCAAACAUUGGGCCGAUAUUUUUUACGAUUAUGCGUCACUAUAAAAGGAGUUUUGCAAGUCUGAAGUACACUGCAUACAGCAUCCUCCUGCUAGGUUUUGUGACAGCAAUUCUACUGUCACAAUUCUGGGAUAAAGUGGUUGAAAUAGGAUCCAAGAAGUCAAGUCUCCCACUAUUAUUCCUGUCAUUCAUAUUUGCUCUUUCGGACUGCACUUCAUCUGUUGUCUUCCUCACCUUUAUGGCAAAGUAUCCUUCAGGUUACAUGGUUCCCUUUUAUAUUGGUGGAGGUAUGAGUGGAGUCAUGCCUAGUAUGCUGACUUUAGCACAAGGAACAGUUGGCGGAACAUGCAGUAAUGUCUCUACCAGUGAUUCAUCUGAUGAGCCCAGAUUUGGAGUUAACUUGUAUUUUGGUUUACUAUCAAUCUUUGUUGUCAUCUCGGGAACUGCAUUUUACCUGCUAAAUAACUUGGAUUUCAGUCGAAAUGAAAGGUAUAGUAACAUACAACCAGAUAGUCCCUCCAUCCAGUCACCAGAGCAAGAUGGUUCUCCAACUCUUGAAGAGAAUGCUUCUUUGUCUCCAGAUCCUAAUGAGAUAAAGUCUACCAACAUUCGAGUCUAUGAUGUGUUUUUUGGAACAAGAAGUUUGGAGCUUACUCAAAUUAAAUGGACUUUAGUUCAGCUAUAUUCUGUCAUCAUCAUCGUUUCUGCUCUUGGUAAUGCAGUUAUCCCUGCCAUAUUGUCGUAUGCCUGUUUGCCUUAUGGUCCUACUGCUUAUCAUCUGGCUACUGAGCUGGGACUUAUGGCAAACCCAAUUUGUUGCUUCCUGGCUUUCUUUGUAGCCUGUAAAAGACCUCCUAUCCUUGGAAUGCUGUGCAGUGUCUCAGUGAUCUUUGCCACAGUCAUAAUUUACACAGCCACACUGUCUCCGAGUCCUUGGCUUGUUGGUACCACAGAGGGGUCUGUCCUUAUCAUCCUUCUCAAUGUCUUGUGGACUGGAACCAUAUCUUACAUCAAAGUUAACGUGGCGAGUGUGCUGCAGCAGUACGGUGAGAAUGCUCUCAUGUUUUGUGGAAUAGUCACUCAGUUAGGAGCAUGUUUAGGUGCCAUCACAAUCUUCUUGAUCAAUUCCUACACUAAUUCCUUCACACCUUGUUAGAAUCAGAUACGUUUUAAUGUUGACCCUCAAGAGCAGCAUUUUUAUAUUUUAUUGACCCUUUUAUGUUAUUGCUAGACACACUAGCCUGGAUUAAUAACUGUGAGUGACCAUCUCUGUUGGAUAGUUAUUAUUUUAUUCAUAAAGACAAUUUAAAUUAUUCGUUUAAUGUUUUAUUAUUAACUAAUUAUUAUGUGAUGUAAUUAUUAUGUUUUGCUAUGGUAAUAUUAUCCUUGAGUCAAUGUGAUUUAUAAUUGCUGGUUAUGGUAUUUAUUAUUCUUAUGGUUUUGGUAGUUAUAGUUUAAUUGAUUUCUUUAAUUCACAAGGUACUAAACUGUAUUUAACGACAGUAAGGCGCCACAAUCAAAUAAUAUAAAUUUAUGUGAACGGUCUUUAACCGUAU